GACGCCAGUCUACCGGGAUGACAUAACGAUACCUCAUCAACAAGCUGUGCAAUGGCUCACCUGUGCACUGCCAUUGGAUGACACGACAUGGGUGGACGUUUUGGCUUGCACUGUCGAACCGGUUAAGGAAUUGGACUACAGCUUGUUCUGCAUGAAAGAGAUUGUGAACCAGCUCUACGAGACAAAAGUCAAAGUCCACGACCUAACGCCGCAAGCAUUGCACUAUGCCCGAUCCCGCGCAAACCCGUACGAGCUCGUGGGAAGAUCAAUUUUCGUGAACCGGUCGGCCGUCAAGAUGGCCAACCUGGACGCACUGUGCCAAUUUUUGGAUCGGGCGCGGGAGCGAUGUGCGAACGGGGAGUUCCGCUUUGUGGAUCUAUGUUCGGGACCAGGAGGGUUCACGGAGUACAUACUAUGGCGGACGAAGCAGAUGGGUUUGCAGGCGAAAGGAUGGGGCAUGACGCUGAAAGGCGAACAGGAUUUUGCUCUGGAGAAGAUGGAUCCUGCGAUCGAUGUGCCCAAUCGGUUCCAGCCGUUUUACGGAGCAGACCAAACCGGGGACGUUUAUCGAACUGCAAAUAUCAAGGCUUUUGUCGAUCUUGUUGAAGCUGGGUCUCAAACCGAAGGCGUAGAUUUGGUCACAUGCGAUGGGGGCUUCAACGUGACAGGAGACGAGUGGAACCAGGAAGAUCACUCACGUCAGAUCCUGCUGUGUCAAGUCCUCAUUGGGCUUUCUGUCCUGCGGGAACACGGCGAUUUUCUUUUCAAGGUUUUCGAUCUGUAUACGCCGUUUAUGGUUGAGCUUGUAUAUAUCCUGUACCGAAUGUUCGAGAAGAUCGCCAUAGUGAAGCCUUUCACCAGCCGUCCGGCCAAUUCUGAGCGCUACAUCGUAUGCCGGUCGCUACGCGCGAAACCUAACGCGCAAGUCUUGCAGCACCUAUUUGGUGUGAACGAUAAGUUCAAUGAGCUGAAAGGGGACGACGCUGCCAAACCGAUCAUUUCGAGCCACGCGACGCAGCAACCUGGGUUCUUGCCCCGCGAAGAGAAGAUCAAGAAUGGGCUUACGGAGGUUGUACAUAUUGUCGAUCCAGAGAUCGUGAUGAAAGAGAAGGGUCUCAUCGGGCCGAUUAAGUCGCAAAAUAUGAGGUUAACGAUGUGGCAAAAGGAAGCGUUGGAAGAACUCUAUAAAUACGCCAAUGAUAAAGCAAGGCCCGAAUACGAUCAAGAGGGUAUAAGACGGAGAUGUUUACAGGAAUGGAAGCUGCCAAUUCCGCAGGCAAGCAGGAGGCCACCACCAGAUACACCCUAUGGACGAGACAGGAACAACGACGGACGAUACCAGUCUUCUGCCCACAAUAAUCGGUUCUCUCCUUAUAGUCGGAAUGGCGGGAAUGACCGAGGCCGUAACGGGGAUGGCGAUAGGAAUAGGGAUAGGGACCGAAGACAAGAUGAUCCUUAUCGACACGGGCAUAGAGAUCAUGGCCAGGCGCAGGCGCAUCGUAGGUACUGAAGUAGGCAUCCGCGGCGGCCACAUCUCAUUAAAUAGGUCUCCUGUCUACUGUACAAAAUACCAGAGUACAUCGGAUCGAAAUUGACCUACUUCAGAAAAAGCUACUAACUUCCCUAAACGAUUGUCCAAUACUGGGAGGAGUGAAACGUGACCUGCCUCAUCACCUACAUCUCACCGCGCCACCUCCCGUACACUCACACCCUCCACAAACGGCUCCAACAGCUUCACACAAAGCCUGCUCCUUCUCGCAGCGCCUCCCGCCUCCUCCACAAACACCAAAACCUUCACCUUCGCAAACAGCUUA